AUGAAGUUCGCCACUGCCGCCAUUCUUUCCGCCGCCGUCGCUUCGGCUGACGUCAUCUUCAACGUCUCCGACUUCAGCGCCGGCUGCGUUGCCCACGGCACCGAGUGCCUGUACGACUUCAAGGUGAUCCAGCCCGGCACCAUGGAGACCACCCCCGUCUCUUGCACGGCCUCGGCCCUGUCCAACGACGGCACGCUGCCGGCCGUCACCAGCGGCAAGUGUGUCGGCUCGUCCCGCACUUUCACCAUCAAGCCCUCUGCCGCUGGCCUGGUUCUUGCUGUGUCGCAGCAGGUCACUCCCGCGAGCUUCACCAUCGGCUCUCACGUUCUGGCGAAGAGCGACAUCAAGAGCACCACCUCCGGCGCCAGCACGGUUGAGAACUACACUGGUGCCACAGCGUUCUCCCUGACCGACUAA